UGUAUCUCCAUUCAGAUUCUUCUCAUCAUAAUAUCAUUCCAAUUCCAAUUGGCUUUUCUCUAAAGUCUUCUACUUCUCACAAGUUGACUUUUCUUUAUAAGUAACUAUGGCAGCACACAAGCUUGUGGUGGCAUCACUUCUUCUAUGCUGUUUAGCUGAAAUUUGUUAUGGAAAGGAUCUCUUUUCUUCCUUGAAAAGAACCAUUGAUGUCACAGCUUCCCCUAAGCAGGGACAAGUUCUGUUAUCCGGAGUUGACAAAAUCAGUGGAACAUGGGCUCUAAACAAGACCUUCCCAGCUGGAACAGACUCAUCCUACAAAACCAUAAAGCUGAAAUUGUGCUACGCGCCCAUAAGCCAAAAAGACCGUGCUUGGAGAAAGACCGAGGAUGAACUCUCUAGGGACAAAACUUGCCAACACAAAAUGUUAGCCAUGCCAUACAAUGCUUCCAACAAAACGGUCCAAACCUUCGAGUGGUUGAUUCAGCGCGACGUACCUCAGGCAACGUACUUUGUACGCGCCUAUGCAUUUGAUUCCAACGAUAAGGAAGUGGCUUAUGGCCAAACCACGAACGCGGGUAAGAGUACCAACUUGUUUGAGAUCAACGCAAUCAGUGGCCGCCACGCGACUCUUGAUAUCUGCUCCGUUGUCUUCAGCGCCUUCUCGGUUGUGUCCCUAGGUGUGUUCUUCUAUAUUGAAAAAAGGAAGGGAAAGUCACCAAAGCAGUGAUUGAAUUAAGUGACAUAGGAAACUUCAUGGCAGAUUGUUUUGAAUGCUUUAUUAUGCCUUAUAUAUGCUGCAGGCCUAAUUAAAUAAUAUUAUCAAUAAUGUUAUGAAUAUUUGGUGGAUGUGCAGCUCCCUAAGUUUUUCAUAUUUCAUGGAUAGUCUAUAGGUCCUAUGACUAUAUGGUUUUCACUCAUUGGUAUUGCUCUUAACUUCAUUUAUGUCAUAUAAAUAGGAGUCAGGUGACAUUGCAAGAAUUACAAUCUUUGAAGAGCAUAAUGCAAUACUCUUUUAUUCUCUAUUCUA